AUGGACCGGAACACCAACGUAGAAGAACUCCCAGAAGGAGCAUUACAAAACGUCUCCUUCGAGAGGAUCAGCAUCCGCAACAGCGCCUUGAAGACGAUCCAUCCGUCGGCCCUCCUCUCUUCCGCAGAGACGCUAUCCGUGCUGGAAAUCUUCUCCGGUCACAUGGAGAAUUUUCCCUUCGACGUCCUCCCCCGGCUGACCAAACUCAGGGCUCUCAUCCUCCCGCUCAAUCGCUUCGCGUCCGUCCCGCCCCUUCAGAGCGGAAGCCUCGAGGAACUCCUUCUCGUGUCGAAUAAAAUUAUGAGGUUGGAGAAAGACGGUUGGGCGACUCCUAAAUUGAGAAAACUCGUAUUAGAUGGGAAUCCUUUCUCGGAGUUCCCUUCGGAUGUCAUCAAUGGAUUGGAGAGACUGGAGGAGUUCGCUUGCGCGGAAUGCAACCUGGGACCGAACAUUCCGAGCGGGUUCAUCAAUUUCCGCAGCGAGUCCUUGAAGGUGGUGAAUCUCGCUUGGAAUAAAAUCGUCAGGUCGGAGCCCGGAGCCAUCACAGCGAGACCCUUACCUCCAUCUAGUGGCCUGAUGAAGAACUUCAAGGUGUUCACUUCAAUACGAACGAUGACGGAGCAUCUGUGUAUGACACCCAACACGGAUGUCGAUCUACAGCACAACAAUAUCGCCACUUUCACGAAGGAAAGCUUCCAGUCCAUUCUACAAGUCUACGGGAUCCUCAACGUAAAUUCAUUUUCCCCCGAAGGAGGGAACCCAGCAGGGAAUACCAUUCCCUGCGAUUGUCAUGCCGAAUGGUUAACGAACGACCGACUCUCCAAGAGCAUCGGCGGGAAGUGUCGAAACGGAAUCGAAUUUCAUAAAUUCAGCUGGGACGAGUUAGAGUGCCUUCAGCCCCGCCCCUAUUCGUGCGUCCAGAUCGGCCUCUUCCCCCUCUGCAAUCCAGUCAUCUUGUCGAAGGUGGAGGGCUGCCGAUAUCAGGAGCUGUGCUGCCAGCCGAACUUCCCAUCGAUCGCCACGACGACGACGCCCCGACCGACAGUCUUGGGUCCGAGCGGAUGCGAAGAACCUCCUGCCUUGCAAAACGGAUUCAUGCUAACGUCUUGCUCGGAUAUUUUCUCGAGCAACGCAAGCGAAGGAGCCGCCGAAAGAAGCAACACCCAGUGCAUCGAAGAGGGCAAGUACGCGGUCGGAAGCAUAACGGAACACGACGAUCGCUACGUCCUGAGGGGAUCCCGGUUUCGGACCUGCGCGGAGAGCGGGAAAUGGACGGGGAACGUUCCGUUCUGCGAGCGAGUACCUCCCAUCAUGAAAGAUUGCUGUGAGUGCGCAGAUUCCAUUGCAUACGACUGCGGUCUGACCCCGCGUCCCGCCGUCGGAACGGGAAACGAAACGGAGAAGGAGGUCUUCGCGGAAGGCGAGACCGUCCCCGGGUCUUGGCCUUGGACCGCGGCUCUCAAGACGAGGGACGGGGAGUUUGUUUGCGGGGGGACCCUCGUCAACGGUCACUCCGUCCUCACGGCCGCCCAUUGCGUUUACAUGUACGUCGGCUAUCACUCUCCUUUCGUCACCGUCCUAAACAUGUUAUUGGAGGAACGAUAUCUUCGAUCGGAUGAUACACUGGAAGAUCCAGACUCGUUCUACGUGUCCCUGGGCGAUCACGAUAGACUUGGACCCGAAGCCGGUCAGCUGGACGUGAAGAUCGGGCAGAUCGUGAUCCAUCCGGCCUUCGAUAUCGACACUCACCGGUACGACUUGGCGGUCGUUCUCCUGGACGAUCCGGCUUCCUACCUCAACUAUAUCAAUAUUCGUGGAUUGAAGGUGGGGCCGCUGCCGAGAAAGGAAAAAAUGACGAUCGUUCAUAUAUUCCCUCCUGACAUCUGCUCCAAAGUGAUCGGGUCUCUCUACGACGAAGAGACGAUGAUCUGUGCCUCGAGCCGGGAGGGACGAGUCUGCAACGUGAGUUCCCCCGUAGCAUUCUGGCUUGGGUCUUUCCUUCCUCGGAUGUCAUCGGUCGACCGAAACGAGGGACCGAAUUCCUCAGGGAGACGGAGGAGCGGGGCUGGCAACGAUAACCAGAUACACUCGACAUCCACGGGAAGAGCCAACGGAGGGCUGAGUACCUGCGGACGCAAAGGAAGGAGAGUGCUCGAGAUCCCCAGUUUUUACUUUGGCAGGAGUGACGUCGUGGGCGAAAGGGAGCUGCGAUCCGAAAAUCCCGUCUGGAUACGCCCGUCUUUCGGAGAAAACCCGGCCGAAUUCUACGUUUCCCUCGGCGAUCACGAAAGGCUCGAGCCCGAGGAGUGUCAACUGGACAGGAGGAUCGAGGAGUUCAUCAUCCACCCGGACUUCGUCAGCGACACAUACCAGAACGACGUCGCUCUAAUAAGACUCGCCGAGGAAGUCCCCGUCUGUAAAUGCCCCAACAUUCGUCCCAUCUGCCUUCCAGAAGACGAGGAGCCUUUCGACAAGGAAGACCAAGGAGAUGGAGGUGCUGGCCUGGUAACUGUUCUCCGGGACGUUCAAUAUCAAUGCACGAUGCCAAAAGAAUGCUAUGUCGAGUUCGAGGGAGACUGUCGGAAAUGCAUCUACACACUCGUCGGAGUGACGUCGUGGGCCAUUCGGGGCUGCGAUCCCGAAAUCCCGUCUGGAUAUGCCCGUCUAACGGGAAGAACAAUGGAUUGGAUCAGGGAGAAGACCGAGGAUACAAAAUACUGCAAAGCAACAUAGAAGAUUCCAUGCAUCGUCGACCCGCCA